CAAAUAAACUCAACCGACAACCAACCCUUCACCCUGCUCCUGUGACGGAGAGACAUCAUCAUGCUGUUGUUCUUCUUCCUGUUGGGUCUGGCUCUGGGUGCUGUGUCUCCUUCAGAUGAGCCUCAAGUGAAGCUUGAGCGUGGCAGCUGUCCUAUGUUCUGGUUCUCCUUCAACGACCGCUGCUACAAGUACAUCGCCGCAUAUUUGACCUGGGCUGAAGCAGAGUUCCACUGUGUUUCACAGGGAGGCAACCUGGUGUCUAUCCACAGUCAGGCCGAAGAGGAUUUUGUCAGAUCACUGAUCAAGAGCUUUGACCCUACUGAGGGAUGGACCUGGAACGGACUCAGUGACGUCCACCACGAAGGAAGAUGGAUGUGGUCUGAUGGGUCUGCAGCCAAGUUAUUCUUUUGGAAUUCAGGACAGCCAGACAAUAAAGGAGGACAUCAAAACUGUGUCAACACCAACUAUUAUCAGAAAUGGGACGAUUUGGGAUGUCAUUUUUCUUAUCCCUCAGUUUGUGCAUCUCGCAUAACUUGUCCUUAGCAACUGAGAUGUUAUAUAUGUUUGAUUGAACCAGGUCACUGUAAAACUGUUACUCUGUUAACAUGCUUUGGACCACAAUAAAGACAUGAAUGUACACUUA